CUCCCCUCUCCCUGUGUCCCUACUUUCUCCUCAUUGCUGGCUGCCUACUCCAGCCACUUCACAACCAAAGAGCUCAUCUGUCCUUCACACACUGACUGCGCUUUAAACCAGAACCAGAACCCACUUUCCUCCAAAGACAAUUUUGCUGAAGUCAAAAGUCAGACAACCUUUAUGACUCACACCAGAGGGAAGCCACGAGUGAAGGAAAAGUGAAGAACAAGCAACAUAGAGGAGUUUUGCUGCUCAAGGGAGUAAAAGUUCCUGCAACAAUUAUGACUCAGACCAGUGAAGAUAACCCACAGAUGACCCGAAGAGGCCUCCAUCGCAUCCGUGCUGGGAUCCAGUCCCAAUCUCUGCAGGCCAGGAAGAGAGUGGAGAACAUCACAAAGAAUGAUGUGAAAGGAUUCUUCCUGAAAAAUUCCUUUGUAAUAUUCACUGUCAUUGCUGUUGUUUUAGGUAUAAUCCUGGGAUUUGCUGUGCGGCCUUAUAAGAUAUCUUAUCGUGAAGUGGUGUUCCUGUCUUUUCCUGGAGAGCUGCUAAUGAGAAUGCUUCAGAUGUUGGUGCUGCCCCUGCUGGUUUCGAGUCUAAUUACAGGUAUGGCUGCUCUAGACAGCCGUGCUUCUGGUAAAAUGGGUAUGAGGGCAGUGAUCUACUACACCACCACCACUGUGAUUGCAGUGUUCAUUGGAAUCAUCAUGGUGCUCAUCAUUCACCCUGGAAAAGGAUCAAAAGAUGAGUUUACAAAGCAGGAAAAAGUGGAGCAGGUCAGCCCUGCUGAUGCCUUCCUGGACCUUAUAAGAAACAUGUUUCCUCCAAAUAUUGUAGAAGCUUGCACCAAACAGUUCAAGACACAGUAUGCCAAGAGAGUCAUCCAGGUACAGAUGACGGUGAACGACACCAUAUUCUCUCCUAAUGGUAGUCAGAAGAUCACGCAGGAGGAGAUGGUUCCUGUACCUGGGACAAUUAAUGGAAUCAAUGCUUUGGGCCUAGUGGUGUUCUCCAUGUGCUUUGGUCUGAUCAUUGGAAACAUGAGGGAACAAGGUCAGCCGCUCAAGGACUUCUUUGACUCUCUCAAUGAGGUCAUCAUGAGGCUGGUGGGCAUAAUCAUGUGGUAUGCCCCUCUUGGCAUCUUGUUCCUAAUUGCUGGGAAGAUUGUGGAGAUGGAUGACAUUUCCUCGAUGGGGAGCCAGCUGGCGAUGUACACAGUGACAGUCAUUAGUGGGCUGCUCAUCCACGCCACCGUUGUCCUGCCAACUUUGUACUUCAUCAUCACCAGGAAGAACCCCUUUGUGUUCAUCGGUGGGCUGCUGCAGGCACUCGUUACGGCCCUCGGGACAUCCUCCAGCUCAGCAACCCUGCCUAUCACCUUUAAAUGCCUGGAGGAAAACAACAAAGUGGACAAGCGUGUAACCCGUUUUGUACUUCCUGUAGGUGCCACAAUAAACAUGGAUGGAACAGCUCUGUAUGAAGCUCUGGCAGCCAUUUUCAUUGCCCAGGUCAAUGACUAUGACCUCAACUUUGGGCAGAUUCUCACCAUUAGUAUUACAGCCACAGCAGCCAGCAUUGGAGCAGCUGGAAUUCCACAGGCAGGACUUGUUACUAUGGUCAUUGUGCUUACAUCUGUUGGCCUGCCAACUGAUGACAUCACACUCAUCGUUGCUGUUGAUUGGUUCUUAGACAGAUUGCGCACCACAACCAAUGUCCUUGGAGAUUCCAUUGGUGCAGGUAUAGUGGAGCACUUGUCCCGUCAUGAGCUGCAGAAAAAGGACCCGGAGGUUGGAAACUUAGUGGUGGAGGAAACAGACAAGAAGCCUUACCAGCUCAUUAGCCAGGAGAAUGAGUAUGAGAAAGAAAGACACGUCGACAGCGAAACCAAGAUGUAG